AAGAUGGGUCCAAUAGGUGCAGAGGCUGAUGAGAAUCAGACAGUGGAAGAAAUGAAUGUGGAGCAGAGUGACCCAGGGCAAACCACUCCUAGAGGUGAGCUGGGCCCUGACCCUCAGCCAGAGCUUAUAGAUAGCACCAAGCUGAUUGAGGUACAGAUUGUCCUCAUAUUGGCCUAUUGCUCCAUCAUCUUGCUUGGGGUGAUUGGCAACUCUUUGGUGAUCCAUGUGGUGAUCAAAUUCAAGAGCAUGCGCACAGUAACCAACUUUUUCAUUGCCAAUCUGGCCGUGGCAGAUCUUCUGGUGAACACCCUGUGCUUGCCAUUCACUCUGACCUACACCUUAAUGGGAGAGUGGAAAAUGGGUCCUGUCCUAUGCCACCUGGUGCCCUAUGCCCAGGGCCUGGCAGUACAAGUGUCCACAAUCACCUUGACAGUAAUUGCCCUGGACCGGCAUCGUUGCAUUGUCUACCAUCUGGACAGCAAGAUCUCCAAGCGAAUCAGCUUCCUGAUUAUUGGCUUGGCCUGGGGCAUCAGUGCCCUGCUAGCAAGCCCCCUGGCCAUCUUCCGGGAGUAUUCAAUGAUUGAGAUCAAUCCUGACUUUGAGAUUGUGGCGUGUACUGAGAAGUGGCCUGGUGAGGAGAAGAACAUCUAUGGCACUGUCUAUAGUCUUUCCUCCUUAUUAAUCCUAUAUGUUUUGCCUCUGGGCAUCAUAUCUUUUUCCUACACUCGUAUCUGGAGUAAACUUAGGAACCAUGUCAGCCCUGGAGCUGCUAAUGACCACUACCAUCAGCGAAGGCAAAAAACCACCAAAAUGUUAGUGUGUGUGGUGGUGGUGUUUGCGGUCAGCUGGUUGCCUCUCCAUGCGUUCCAACUUGCUGUUGACAUUGACAACAAUGUCCUGAACCUGAAGGAGUACAAACUCAUCUUCACCAUAUUCCAUAUCAUCGCCAUGUGCUCCACCUUUGCCAACCCCCUUCUCUACGGCUGGAUGAACAGCAACUACAGAAAGGCUUUCCUCUCAGCCUUCCGCUGUGAGCAGAGGUUGGACGCCAUUCACUCUGAGGUGUCUGUGACAUUCAAGGCUACGAAGAACCUGGAAGUCAAAAAGAACAAUGGCCCCAAUGACUCUUUCACAGAGGCUACCAAUGUCUAAGGAAGCUGGAGUGUGAAAAUGUACGGAUGAAUUCUGACCAGAGCUGUAAAUCUGGUUGAGCCGGGCUUACAGGUGCAUCCUGAUUUCCCAUUUUAAGGAAGAAAAAGAGCGUCUGAAUGGAAGCAUCUGCAGUGUAAUUCAUGGAAAACUGGUUGGCAGAGCCUAGGUAAAAACACUCAUCUUCAAAGAUAGGUGAACAAAACAGUUUGCUUGCUGUUGGUAGGUUGCUUGAAUGGUGAAUUAAUGAGUAAAAGCAGAGAGAAAUGCUUUUGACUAUUUCCCAGAGUGAAGGAAAUCUGAACAAGGCACUGGCAUUAUCAGCAUUGCUCAAAGGUGGUGGGUAAAUAAGUUGUCCUUCAAAUCACAUUAGGGUGUAGAUUGAGGAUGAUAUGUAAUUCACUGCUCCCCCUUCAUCUGGUAAAAAGAUA